GGAUGGAUGUAGGAGGGAUGGAUGUAGGAGCGCUUGUGUAGCCGACAACAUGGCCUCCAAGCAGCCGCCGUUACUCUCCACUAUGAAGAGACGAAGUAACGGUGCUUCUCCGCUGCAACCGGACACCGUCAGCCCAAACACGGGCGUCGCUGGUAAAAGAGGGCGGUAGACCUCCCUCUCCAUGUCAGGCCCGUCUCUUCCGUCCAAAGCCACGUUCAGCCGUUUGACAAAGACGCGCGCGAAACCGGGUGUCGGCGGCGGAACCAUGAGCAAGGAUUAUUCCAUUAAUCUAUCCGUGCAGCGCGUGCUGAGUCUGUGGGUACAAGGCACCGUGCCCACACUGCAGCACUUCACAGCUGAAGGCGUGUCUGUGUCUGUUGCAGAGAUGUGGUACUGGGUGUUCCUGUGGUGUCUCUUCUCUUCACUGUUUGUACACGGUGCCGUGGGGCUGCUCAUGUGUGUGAUGCUGCAGAGGCACAAGCGAGGCCGCCUCAUCACCCUGGUGCUGAUCAGCGCCGGCUUUCUCGCCUCCAUUAUCGGAGGCGUCCUCACCAGUGCGGUGGUGGCCUGGGUGUACCGUGUCGCAGGAAAGGACAUGGCUCCUCUAGAGGCUCUGGUGUUCGGCGUGGGCCAGACCACUCUCGCCAUCCUAAUCUCCUUCUCCCGCAUCCUGGCCACUCUUUGAAUGGACGUGGUGGUUCAGUGACCGUGACAUCCAGCUGGUGUAACAGGUUGGUCGAGACAGAAGGGAUGGAUCUAUGGGUUGUGGAUGUGGCCAGGCCACAACAAAUGCUAAGAAAGGUGUUUGAGGUUCCUCCUCAAUGACCAGAUGGACCUCCAGCAGGCAGUGCUCAGAAAAUCAAGUGGUUCAAAUCUCUCUGGAUUUAAAGAAAACGAACAAAAAAACUGCACUUUGUUGGUCGCUGCCCACUUACAACUGCAGAUCAUGGAAAACUGAAGUGACUGUCUUUGGAAGUUUGUCCUUAUUUUUUAUUUAUUUAUUUUUUUAAAAUAUAUGUUUGUUUCUCGAGUGUACUUCUGGAAAGUGUUUCUGUCCAUCCUGUAUUGCGUGGGCCCGUUCAGCACUCCGUAAAUCCAGAGCUCGCACCCGAGGACCAGCCAGCGGAGACGCCGUACGCCAGCUACGCCUACCGCAUUCAAUUAACCAAAUAUAUUUAACCCCUUCUAUUUGUGAUGUUUCCAUUUACAGCAGUAUAUCAGUGUGGAUACACAAUAUUUACAGUGUGUAUAUACUGCAAAAAAAAAAAAAAACACCUUUAAGAAUGAAUGGCUUAUGCUUUGCACUUUCUAAAAUGUUAACAGGUGCAUCUGUGCAGGAUUUUGCGGAUCCUGUACAAAAUCCACCACACUUUACUAUAAGGACUCGCAGCUAAUGCAGAUUAUUCAAUAUUUACUUUUAAUUACCAAACAUAUUUAAUUAUUUAUUACGGACAAAUAAAAAUUAUUUCCUUUUUUUUUUUUUUUAAGUGAAUGAUGACAAAUGCCUUCUUUUCAUUUCUUUUCUCUUGGUUGAGUUUAUUAUUUUUAUUUCCAGUUUAUUAUUUUUAUUUUUAUUAUUUUUAUUUAUAUAUGACGUCCCCUGUGUGUCUCUCAGUCAGAAUGCUACAUCCUCGUGUUUUUAAACGGCUCUAACCAGAAAUUAUCGUUCUUUAUUCAGUCUCCAGCAUCAGUUCUACAUUUCUCGGAGUUCUCCGCUCGAGUAAUGUUCGAAUUGUUAAAGUGCUGCUGUUGGGUUUGUAUGAACGCGUUUGUUCUGCUCAGUGUGUGUUUUAAUCACCUUUAUAAUCCACCAUUGUUGAAGCGUCGGACCUCUCAGUUUAAACACGUCCCAUGAGGCUUAGUUGCAUGUAGACUCGCCUUUUUCCCCCUUUCUUUUCUUUUCUUUUUCUUUCUUUCUUUCUUUUUUUUUUUUUAAACCUCAAGCCUUAAGAGCACUCUGUGUGUGAAAGUGUACGGAAAAAGGGGAGAGUGUGAAUCUGGUGCACUGCUGCUUCAGAGGGUUCUGUAGAUUACUGCGCACCUUUUUGUACACGGAUCGACGUGAGGACGUGAACUCAUCCCCCAUCACACACACACACCCGAAUAUCCUAACUUUCACUAUUUACUCUACUUUUCUAAUGAGCCCGUUGGUCCGCCGUUCCUGUGUUCAGUGCCGUUGUGGCCCUGAUGCUCGGGCCGCUGCGGACAUUAGACGUUAUGGAAUGAGAUCAGAGGCGGCAGAACCUGGGGGAAAAAACAACAACAACAGAUGAUUGUAAUUCUUAAACAUGUACAAAUUUUGGAAAUUACGGUUCACCUUAUUUAAUAAGCAAAUAAAUAAAUCCAGCUGUCAGAAAUCCAGGAUGAAGAAUUUUAUUUUAUUUUAUUUAUUUAUUUAUUUAUUUUCAUUUUAGAUCACUUUUAAUGCAACGGCUCAACCUUUUAACUACACCAGGAGAGCAGCAGGGUUUUUUCUUCUUCUCACAAGCCUCUGGUAGUUACAGUGAAAACCUCAUUAAAUACAUAUACCCCCCCCCC